AUGUGCGAUAUCGCAGAAAGUCUGGAGGGCCGUCUGGAGGGAGGUCUGGGGGGAGGUCUGGAGGGAGGUCCGGAGAGAGGUCUGGAGGGAGGUCUGGAGGGCCGUCUGGACGGAGGUCUGGAGGGACGUCUGGAGGGAGGUCUGGAGGGAGGUCUAGAGGGAGGUCCGGAGAGAGGUCCGGAGGGAGGUCUGGAGGGAGGUCUGGACGGAGGUCUGGAGAGAGGUCUGGAGGGAGGUCCGGAGGGAGGUCCGGAGAGAGGUCUGGAGGGCCGUCUGGACGGAGGUCUGGAGGGACGUCUGGAGGGAGGUCUGGAGGGAGGUCUGGAGGGAGGUCCGGAGGGAGGUCCGGAGGGAGGUCCGGAGGGCGGUCUGGAGGGACGUCUGGAGGGCGAUCUGGAGGGAAGUCUGGAGGGAGGUCUGGAGGGAGGUCUGAAGGGAGGUCUGAAGGGCCGUCUGGAGGGAGGUCUGGAGGGACGUCUGAAGGGUGGUCUGGGGGGAGGUCUGGAGGGAGGUCCGGAGGGAGGUCUGGAGGGAGGUCUGGAGGGCCGUCUGGAGGGAGGCCUGGAGGGAGGUCUGAAGGGCGGUCUGGAGGGAGGUCUGGAGGGAGGUCUGGAGGGCCGUCUGGAGGGACGUCUGGGGGGCGGUCUGGAGGGAGGUCUGGAGGGAGGUCUGGAGGGAGGUCUGAAGGGUGAUCUGGGGGGAGGUCUGGAGGGAGGUCUGGAGGGAGGUCUGGAGGGCCCUGCUCAGCUUGCUGCCGCCGCGACCCGACCCCAGAGACGCGGCUGA